CCCCGUGAGCCAUGAACGCCUCGGUGGCCGGCAGCCAGCUGCGACAGCCGCAGGACGUGGCCGCCGCCACUCCCGUGUCCAUCGUGCGCAGCGCGGCCAAGCGCUCGGACGCGCUGCCCGUCAUCUCGGGGAUCGUGGUGCUGUUCGUGCUGCUGGCCGUGCUGAUCGUGCUGGCCGUGCACUUCGGGCCGCAGCUGCGCACGCUGCAGGUCACGCUGUACCACGAGCCCAUGGCCCAGCACUCGGACAGCGUGCUGCUCACCCGCUGGGCGCCGCUGGAUUCCCUCGGGAAGCCGCCCUCGGCCGGGGUCACCUGCCACUGCUCCUGCAGCCAUCACCUUCCCCACGGCGGCGCUGAGCCCAAUGUCAUCGAGAUCACCUACCUGUGACACCGCCCUGGCCACCCGGGCCGGGCUCGGGAUGUGUCCCGCUGGAAAAGCUGCCAUGGGAUCUUCGUGUGUGCCGGGACUCGCUGCUGCUCACAGACACAGGCUGCACCGCCCCAGAGCCGUGUCUGGAGAGGUCAGCAGGGACAUUCAGGGUCCCUGCACCACCCCUGGAAACUGCACCGCCCCAAAACCGUGUCUGGAGAGCUCAGCAGGGACAUUCAGGGUCCCUGCAUCACCCCUGGAAACUGCAUCACCCCAGAGUUGUGUCUGACCUCUGGAGAGCUCAGCUAGGACAUUCAGGGUCCCUGCAUCACCCCUGGAAGCUGCAUCACCCCUGGAAGCUGUAUCACCCCAGAGCAGUGUCUGGAGAGCUCAGCCGGGAUAUUCAGGGUCCCUGCAUCACCCCUGGAAGCUGCAUCACCCCAGAGCCGUGUCUGACCCCAAGAAUGCUCAGCCAGGACAUUCAGUGACCCAUCACCGGCCCCCAAAAAUCCAGCCCAGGGGUGCCACUGUUCCCAGGCAGGAGCUGGAUCCCAGCCCAGGCUCUGGAGCCAGCUCAGCCUACGUGGGACAGCUUCAGCCUCUCUUCUGGUUUUACCUGCCCUGGUUUUACCUGUCCCACGCUGCUGGGAGUGGCCAGCAGAGCUGCCUGGGUCCUUGCCCCAGCUGGGGAGCUCUGGGGCUGUGCUCAGCCCCUGGCAGUUGCUGGAAGUUGCAUCAUCUGGAAUUGCUUCCCAGUGAAAGAUAUUUCCACACUCACAAUGUCCUUGUCACACUGUUUAUAUGGCACGGAGAAGUUUCCAGCCCCUCUUUGCCUGAUGCCACAGCCCCGUUUCCCUCACUGGGGGGC